UGCGUCAUUAACAGAGGAGAACACUAAGAGGCGAGAUAGGCAGAAGGAGAGAGUGAAAGAGAAGGGUGGGGGUGCAUGGGAGUGUUUGGCUGUUGUCCAUGUGUGCGGCAGGGAAGUUGAAGCAGUCAGGAGGGGAGAGAGGGCUGGCACGUGGAAGGGCAGUAUUUCACAGAGCUGGAGAGAGAGAGAGGAGGCGGAAGAUCUCCAAGAUCAGUGCGCUUGUUGUCUGACACACGCUCGCACUCACAUUUUUAAGAGAUUGAGGAAUGCAUUGCCUCUGGUGAGAGUGACAGGAACAGUCAGCCAGGGUUGAGUCACAGCAUUGCGCACAGUUUAGACACUUUCUUCACACUGGAAUCCACAGAAGCAUCUCAGAACACACCCUAAGCGUCAAUCAAGUGAGUUUCAGUUCACUGCUCUAAUGACAGCAAACUAAUUUUCUUCUGCAACCGGCAAUUCAGUCAUUCAGCUCGGAUGGAGGCUGCUUGAGGUGGAUCGUAAGGAGACAGUGUGAGACGUUUCAAGAGGAUUGGGCGAGGAUGGCAUGUGGUGUGUGGACCUUCAUGUUUUGCAUGACGCUAUGGAUCUGCUCUGCAACUCAAUCAGUAAAGACUGUGUAUCCGAGAUUACGUCUGUCUCACAAAGAGUUAUGGGAGCUGAACAGGACGAGAGUAUUCCAGGCUGGAGAGGGGCGUCUUCAGCACUACAGUAUGUCACUGGAUGAGACUCAUGAAAGGCUAAUCAUCGGAGGAAAGGACAUACUGUACUCACUCCAUCUAGAGCGCAUCACUGCCCCUCACAAAGAGAUUCACUGGCCGAGCUCUGAGGAGCAGGUGGGGGAUUGUUUAAUGCAGGGCAGAGAGAAGCCGGAGUGUGCAAACUACAUUAAGCUGGUGCAGCAUUAUAACAGCACCCAUCUGUUAGCAUGUGGGACUGGAGCAUUCAGCCCAGUGUGUGCCUAUAUCAGAGUGGGCCGUGGAACCGAGCUGGAAGGAGAGUUCAGGUUGGAGUCUGAUCACAUAGAAAGUGGCAGAGGAAGAUGUCCUUUCCAUCCCAACAGCCCUUCAGCAUCCACUAUGUACCGUGGGGAGCUGUUUGUUGGCUUGUACACUGAUUAUUGGGAGAAUGAUGCUGCUCUAUAUCGCCUUGGCAACCGCAGUUUCAUUAGGACUGAAGUGGGUGACAGAGAGCAGCUGAAUGAGCCCAAGUUUGUGGGUUCAGCAGUGAUCCCUGACAAUGACGAUCCUGCUGAUGAUAAGGUCUACUACUUCUUCACAGAACGAGUGACCAACGUGGAAGGAGGAAACAAAGCCGUUUACACCAGAGUGGCCAGAGUCUGUGCGAAUGACCAGGGUGGUCAGAGGAUGCUGGUAAACAGAUGGAGCUCUUUCCUGAAGUCUCGUUUGAUCUGCUCAGUGGCCGGACCCAACGGCAUUGACACACACUUCGAUGAGCUUGAGGAUGUGUUCGUGCUACGGAAGAAAGAUGUGAAAAAUCCAGAGAUAUUUGGUCUGUUUAGCACCACCAGUGCUGUGUUUAAAGGAUAUGCGGUAUGCAUGUAUAACAUGGAAGACAUCCGUGCGGCGUUUAAUGGGCCCUUUGCAUACCGAGAACAAACUGACCACCACUGGAAGGUGUACGAAGGCAAGGUCCCCUACCCACGACCUGGAUCAUGUGCCAGUAAGAUAAACGGGGGCCAGUAUUCCAGUUCAAAGGAGUAUCCGGAUGAGGUCCUGCGUUUUGUGCGUUCCCAUCCCCUUAUGUUCCAGGCAGUGCAGCCCGUUCACAGGCGGCCCAUUCUGCUGGACACUGAAGGAGGACGUAAACUCACACAGCUGGCAGUGGACCGGGUGGAAGCUGAGGACGGACACUACAAUGUUCUCUUCAUUGGGACUGAUAAUUCUGUAAUAUUAAAAAUGAUCACGAUCUACAACAAAGAAGCCGAAACAGUUGAAGAAGUUCUUCUGGAGGAAUUGCAAGUUUUCAAGGUCCCUGUUCCUAUUACAGAGAUCCUCAUCUCUACUAAACGACAACAGCUGUAUGUGGGCUCUGAGCUGGGUGUAACACAGAUCCGUGUGCACCAGUGUGGACUGUACGGUUCAGCCUGCGCUGACUGCUGCCUGGCCAGAGACCCCUACUGUGCGUGGGAUGGGUUCACAUGUUCCCGGUACUACCCAGCUGGCCUGUAUACAAAAAGGCGCUUCAGACGGCAAGACGUCCGCCAUGGCAAUGCGGUUCAGCAGUGCAACGGGCUUCAGCUAAGCGAAGAACAAAUCAUCUCAGAAAAGAUGGUAUAUGGUGUGGAGAACAAUAGUACCCUGCUGGAGUGCAGACCGCGAUCACUGCAGGCGUCUGUGACAUGGUACAUUCAACAUGGCAUGGAUAUGGAGGAGGUGAAAGGCGAUGAUCGUGUGAUUCAAACCCCCCAUGGCCUGUUGCUUCUUAAAAUAGUGAAGGGAGACGCAGGGGUCUACGUGUGCCAAUCCACAGAGCACGGAUUUGUCCAGACAGUGGUGCGUGUCUCUCUGGAGGUGUUGGAUGAGGGGAAAGUGGAGGGCUUGUUGCAUAAAGGCGAGGAAGAUGAAGGCGAUUCUCCACACAGACCUCCGCCCUGCCACUUCCCCAGCCUGCCCUCCGCUCCAUCCUCCUCAAAACUCUGGUACAAGGAUUUCAUGCAGCUGAUUGGCUACAGCAACUUCCAGCGGGUGGAGCAGUACUGUGAGAAAGUAUGGUGUGUGUCUGAUAGGAAGAGGAAGAAACUCAAGGGAAUGGCACCCAAAUGGCGGUACACACCCGGGGCAGAGCAGGGGGCGAGAGCACGGGCACCUCGACACACACAGGGACAGUAAAGACUGUUAGAACAUUCAAACUCAUGCUCAGUGCAGGUGAUUACAUAUAGACAGUUUUAUUAUUAUUAUUAAUAAAAAAGGAAUUAAUGAUAGUCACUAUAGCAUUUCUUUUAGGGUCUUUAGAGUUGCAUCAUUUGACCUGAAAACUAUUAAUCUGUAGUCAAUAUGCCAGAUAUUUAAAGGUACACCAAGUCAUUUUUAAUAGACUUUAUGGAUGUGUGAAAUCAAAAUAAAACCAUUUAUAUUAUGCAAUAAUACAAAUAAACUACAUAGCAUUGCUUUUCUUUCUUCUGAUUUACACUACCAUUCAAAAAUUUUGGGUCACUGAAAUUAUUAUUAUUUUUUGGUAAAGAAAUAAAUAUUUUUAUUAAGC